GUCAAGGUACGAACGACUAACGAGUGAGAAUAAUACACGUCAGUAUUUUAUAGGUUUAUUAGAGGAGAAAUUUUAUUAAAAGUUCAUAUAAUAUAUUAUGCGUUCUACUUUUACAAAACUAAAUUAAUUUAUUUUAAUAAACUUAUUCAAAUUUCAAUCACAAGGAUUUUAAAUUGUAUUUGUUAUUGUGUUGGUGGUUUUCGGCAUAGUCUUAUAUAAAAAUGAAUCAACACCAUAUGUUUAAUUUUAUGACUACAUUCAUGACUUUGUCAUCCGUUGCGUGCACUGUGCAACCGCCGGCUGUUAACCCUGGUUUAUUUACUGUACCCAAGAGUAUCGGAGCAUGUCAUUCAUGUAAAAUAUUCAUCGAAUCAUUCACGAAAGGCUUAGAAAGGACGGCAAGAGGUAAAUAUGAAGGUGGUGAUACUGCAUGGGAAGAAGAGAAGUUAAAGAAGUCAUACAAGCGCAGUGAAAUGCGCUUGGUAGACAUACAAGAAGGAAUUUGUAAAGAGGAGACAAAGUAUUCAGUUCAAUGUCACCUCAUGGCUGAAAAGGCAGAAGAGUAUAUAGAGGAAUGGUGGAGCCAAAAUGCAGAUGAAUCAACCGAUUUGUAUUCCCAUAUCUGUAUUGAUAAGUUGGAAGUGUGUUGUCCGAAACAUCACUAUGGAAAAGAUUGUUUGCCUUGUGCCGGAAACCAUGAGAACUUGUGUAAUGGAAAUGGAAAAUGUAGGGGGGAUGGUACAAGAAAGGGCAAUGGCACAUGCCUCUGUGACGAAGGGUAUAUGGGUGAGGAGUGUGAUCAAUGUGCUAUAGAUUAUCACAUAUCCUAUAAAGAUGAUAACAAAAUGCUCUGUUCCAAGUGCCAUAUGUCCUGUGCAGGAGGAUGUAAGGGUGGGACACAGAGAGACUGUGCUUCAUGUAAACCUGGCUUCAUUUUUAGUGUUGAAGACGGGUGUGCCGAUAUUAACGAAUGUGAUGAAGCUAACAGAUGCAAGGACAACGAGUACUGCUUAAACUCACUCGGCUCAUACACCUGCAUGAAGUGUGAUAAAUCCUGCAAAGAAUGUUACGGAGACGGGCCGGACAUGUGCAGGAGAUGUGCCAAAGGAUAUUCUAAGAAAGGGGAAUUCUGCGUCUCAGAUAAAGGCGAGGACACAAAUGAAACCUUAACCUCCACCAGGUUCAUGACAUACAUAGGUCUGCUGAUAGCGACAGGUAUCCUUCUUCCAAAGUCAGCGACUUUAGGCAGUAUGGUUGGCUUUGCGGUGCUGUCAUACAUUAUGGGUGCGGAGUACUACUGCAUGAUAAACGGACACACAGGGCUUGUGAAUCUUACAAAUUAUGAUUUGUUUCAAAUGUUUCGUAUAUAAAUAAAUGGCCAGUAUGUUAUGACGUCAGUGCUAGAUAUGAAUUAAAAAGUAAGAAAUUAAAGUUAGGGUUGCCUUUUUGUACUUCUUUCAACAUUAUCACGGGCAAUACAUCAGACAUUUAUUAUGAUGAUAUUGUAUUUUUUUGCCUAUCCCUGGAUUAUGCUCAUUGACACUAUAAAGCGGCAACCCUCACUACCGUAGCUAUGUAUCCUUAUAUACCAAUGUUUGUAUGAAGAUGAAAUCUGCAUUUUUUUCGUUAUUUGAGAUUUUGUGUAUUCUGUGUAUUCUGUGAUAUUGUUUGUCUGUCCAUUUUCGUUCCUUGUGAAGUACAAAAACAUAAAGAUAUAAUAUGCAUUUUUUUUUAAUUAUCUUUUUAUUAGGCUAAGAAUUUUAAAUUCAUUAGCAUUACCUACGUUAUUGCUGUUUGACGUUGCUUACAGUUUAUUGUAUUAUCAUCAUACCUCUUAAUACUUAUUAUAUUUUUUAAUUGUGUGUAUAUUUUAAAGGAAUGGUUGAAAGGACGCGUAUUUAAUGUUUAAAAUAAUUUAUAUUUAAGGCAAGGCGUUAAUUUAAAAUCUAUAAAUAUAAUUCUAAUAUCGAAUUUCAAAAUAUCAAAACGACUUCCUGCAAACCAGUGUUGCCAUAGUUGUAAAGUGUGCAAAUGGUGUCGUUACUUUUGAUUCUAUAUUUGAAACUUAACACUAAAGUGGAGUAUUUUAAUAAUAGCCGUUUUUAUGCCAAUUCAAAAUAAUAAUAUGCAAUAUCGACGUGUUUUUUUUUACUCUGUAUAAUUCUGUGUUUUUAAGUUUCGAUCUUGGAAAGUUGUUAUUUAUUCGCUUGAUCUUUCUGGUUGUAUAUUUAAAGGCGAUGUGUUUUUUUUUAUAUCUUGACUGAAAAAUACAAUCAAUUUUUAAACAUAAAA